UAUGUGUCUGCUCUUUCUCUCGUCAUGAUUCCCGUGCCGCUCGUGGUGUGUGUUUUGUGCGGCUGGUGCUUCGUCUAUCUGACAGACGUGCUUCUGAAGUUGUCUGAGUCAUAUGGUCAUUGUUAUGAGAUGUGGCUAGGGUCAAAGGGUCUGUCUCUCUCUCCGUUCCACAUCCGGUGGCAGACCUCCCUCUUCAACCGCCUCUUCUCACGCUGCGCUCGCAUCAACCCACAUGCCCUCUACCUCUGGUUUACCAGUGGUCUAGUGUUUGGGCUGGUGUCUAUGUGUGGUUCGGUGGUGCUGCUAAUUAGAACCCUGCAGCAGACUGUCCAUCAGAUGACAUCAGACCACCCUCAGGGAGCCAAUCAACAAACACUACAGGUGGUGGUCCCAGGUAUCAACCUGCCAGUCAGCCAGCUGGCCUACUUCUUCUCUGCUUUGCUGGUCAGUGGGGUCAUACAUGAACUGGGCCAUGCCGUGGCAGCAAUAAGGUAAGAUGUA